AUGAAGCGCACAGUUGCCCUCUUGGCCCUCGGUGGUCUUGCAUUGGCUCUCCCUGCCCCUGAGAUUGAUCUCGGUGACGGUGUCAAACUUGUCCGCCGCGAACCCCGGAUUGCUGCUCACCGAGCUUCCCGCAAAUCCAACCCGAGAAUGAAGCCCGAUGGGUUCACCAUCAGGAGGUCAAACAACGAAACCCAUGCGAGGUACUCGAACAACUGGGCUGGUGCCGUUCUGAUCGGGUCCGGAUACAAUUCGGUGACGGGUACCAUCACGGUUCCAACCCCGAAGCCGCCUCCGGGUGGCUCAAACAACCAGCUCUACUCUGCUUCCGCCUGGGUUGGCAUUGACGGCAACACUUGUCCCCGCGCCAUUCUCCAGACUGGCGUUGACUUCAACGUCAAGGGCACCAAGGUCUCCUAUGACGCCUGGUACGAGUGGUAUCCGGGUUACGCCUAUGACUUCUCGGGCUUCGACAUCUCGGCGGGCAACCAGAUCAGGAUGACGGUCGCCGCCUCUAGCACCUCGGAGGGAACGGUAACGCUGACCAACCUGAGCACAAACAAGACCGUGAAGCACUCCUUUGAGGAGGAGGACGCCAAGCUGUGCGAAACCAACGCCGAGUGGAUCGUCGAGGAUUUCGAGUCCAACGGCGCCCUCGUGCCCCUGGCCAACUUUGGCACCGUCACCUUCACCGGCGCCAGCGUCGGCACCACCUCUGGCGGGACGAUCGGUGUGUCUGGUGCCCAGAUCCUGGACAUCAGACAGAGAGGCACCAAGUACACCGAGUGCGGCAUUGUCAUCUACGAUCUCCGCGCCGUCGUCGAACCGCUGGCUCAGUGGCCCACCAGCAACAUGAAAUCCGAACAUGAGGCCGCUAUAAGGGAACUCGGCAGCAAGUGCGAGAAAGUCGCUUGGAAGCUAGUCGACCUGCUCGAGUCGCUGGCGAUGAAAGCAAACGGCUCUACCUGGAAGAGCGCGAAACUGGCGCUCGGGUCUAUGCGAAAAAGGGGCGAAAUACUCGAUCUCGAAGAGCAGCUGGGCAAAUACCGCUCUGAGAUUAUGAUUCGCCUUAUUUGCAUCCUCAAGUACGCUCCAGCUAGCUAUCUUGCCGUAGUACUCAUCCCACAUUGCGUCAAGUUCCUCCGCCGGCGUACCACGGGCAGGAAAUCCAAAUCCGCCAUUGGUGGCACCUCUGAGUCUAAGAUCCUGGACCCGCCAGACAGCGACAUCAAGGACCAGUUGCGACUUCUACAUGAGAUACGCCACAGUCUUGACGGCUUGCUGCAGGGCAGGACUGGACCGUCGCCCGAGAUUCGAAUCCUCAAGCAGCUGUAUUUCCGAUCGCUUCAUCGAAGAGAAAACGAUAUGGCCCCUGCCGAGGUUAAAACGUUCAGGUGGAUAUUACAAGGAAGUUCAGACACGGAUUCGGAAAAGGGCAAGAGCGAUGAAUGGGUUCGGAAAAGGGAGGCAGCGGCGGGCUUUCAGCACUGGCUGAGAGAAGGGAACGGCGUAUUCCACAUUUCAGGGAAAGCAGGCUCCGGCAAGUCGACCAUGAUGAAAUUUCUCGUACGUGACGAAAGAACCGAGACGGAGCUGGAGAAGUGGGCCGGUGCAAAACAGCUCGUCUUUGCCCAUUUUUUCUUCUGGUUGUCCGGGGAGCGGUUGCAGUACUCUCUGGAAGGGCUUUACCGUUCCAUUCUCUUCGAAACCCUUAUCCAGUGCCCGGAACUCAUACCCGAUGUCUUCCCAAAAGCCUACAGAAGCUUCUCCAAGACCAAUGCCGACGAAUCGUUCGACAACCUCUUCUUCAGCUCCAGCGACAUCAAGAAGGCUUUCACCGAUCUGAUAACAAAGAUCCCCGCAACCCGGCUAUCGUUUCUGUCUCGGUUGGCCGAUGACUUGAAUUCCUGGGCCGCCCACCCCGAUGUCAAGAUCUUGGCCAGCUCUCGUCCACAUAGGCAGUUCGAAGAUACAUUCUCGGACGAACGGCGCAUUCGUCCGCAUGAGCUAACGAGAUCCGACAUGGUUCUCGCCGGCCGGCAAAUGUUCGAGAAGGACAAGACGUUUGCGCGACCCGAAGUCCAGGAGUGCUAUAUCGACCUGGUGGAACAGCAGAAGAUCUUCAUGUCUAUCGAUCCUGUUGAUCAGGCCAAGGCUUUCAAACUGCUGCUCCUUGUUGCUGGAGUUCCCCGUUUCAUGUACCCAUUGAGUGCUCUCAUGGUCACCUGGCUUCGAGACUUGGACGAUCCGGGUUUCCCAAUGAGGUGCGAAUUCGAACCGUAUUCUGACGAGGAGAUCCGGCGGCGGCAUCUCGAAGCCAAAUACCAACUCGACAGUCUGACGAGAGGCCUAUUGGAGAUCGUAGACGACAAGCAUGACGAUAUACCCCUAUCCUUCCGGAAACAUGUCCAGUUCUUUCACCGCACUGUCCGGGACUUCGUCUGCCAGAGCAGCAUCAUUCAGGAGUUUUCAACCAACGCUGCAUACCUACCCUGCCAGUCAGACUACGCACGGCUCUUCCUUGCACAGCUUUGGUUUGCGAGAACUGACAACAUGAUCGACGAACGUGAGGUCCCAAGACAGUCCAUAGACAAGAUUCGAGAUACACACCGUAGCUUCUUGAACCCUGGACCACCUGCAGAACUUCGACUUGACGAUGGGCUACUGGAUGCUUUUGGGAGAGCAACGAACCACCACAAUAACGAGUCGUUGAAGUCACCUGUUUUUCUCGGCUACCGUCAAUUCAUACAGAAGCCCAUUACCGGCUUCACCUUGAAAUUGAUGAUAAUGCAGAUCCAAGAACCUUGGGUCGCCGCCUCCUAUCUUCACUACCUCGCGCGGGAGGGCUUUGUUGAUUACAUUCGGAAAAAAGUGGCGGCCGAUCCAGGCUUGCUGCGGCCUCGAGGCAGCAUGUCCCUCCUCCUGUCCGCCGCGCUUGGUCGAACGCCCCAAGCUUCCGCUAUGACCAAGUUGCUCCUCGAUGCUGGUGUCGUCCCCGCACGAUCUAGUGUCAACUAA